AUGCCCGGUGGCCCGCACCCCCCAAUGAGCGUUGUCGCUUCGUGGCCGCCUCCCAACCAUGUUAACCCAGAAGGAAGAGGAAGAGUGACGUCCAAUAUCGCAUUCGUCCUAACGCCAAUUACCUUUUUUGUUGUAUUCUCAAGGCUGUGGGUACGAUUCCGUAUGCAACGCAAUGCUGGUUUGGAUGACUGGCUCAUGGUAGUUGCUCUUGUAACUUACCUAGUGUCACACGACAUGGUUCAUUCACUUACUGUCUGGCAGCCACUCGUCAUGGCCAUGGCUAUCCUUAUCCCAUGGAUGCAUAUAUGGGAUGUCGAUCUUACCUUAUUUGAGGUCCAAAGAAAGCUCAUCUUGACGAUAGAGGUCUUGUUUGUCGUCGGCACAGGGCUUGUCAAAGUUUCCAUCCUUCUCUUCUUCCGUCGCCUGGGAUCGCGCGGCACGUCCAAAGCCUUCAGAAUCACCACCUGGGUUGCAAUUGGGUUCCAAGUCGCGUCCACAAUCACUUUCUUCAUAAGUCCGCUUGUUGGAUGCCGACCCAUCUCCGCUUACUGGGAGCAGUCAAAUGUCAUCAACAUAGCGCUAGGAAAAAAAUUCAACUGCAAUCAGGAGGGCGCUGCCAUGGCAGCCGCUGGCGUCAUUUCCACGGUGCAAGACGUAAUCUGUGCUCUACUACCCAACUUUAUCUACUGGAAAGCUAAAAUCCCAUUUCGACAAAAAGCAGCGCUAAUGGCAAUAUUUGCCACAGCUUAUGGAGCUGCUGCGUUUGGGGCUUUACGAACCUAUUCCACUUACGUUCUUUUCUAUGAAACGUACGAUGUUUCUUGGCAGCUCUGGGAGAUUUGGAAUUGGACCCUUCUGGAGCUUCAUAUUGGUGUAAUCUGCGCAAAUGCGCCCGCUUUCAAGGUCUUCGCGAAGAAGUACCUUAACGUCAAGUCUUUAGUAUCCAAGGACCAAAGUUCUUCGCAAGCGAAAUCGUCGCAAGCAAAGUCAUCGCAAGCACAGUCAUCGCAGACGGCGAGCCAAGCGAAGAGCACUCCCUCAGGAAAAUCCAGAGCAAAGUUGGCCCUGUGGAAAAAUUCCUUUGCAAAUCACGGAUAUUAUUCACAACCAACACAGCUAUCUGUUGAUGAGCUAGGUGGUGUGCAAAUUUGCAGAGAAUCGGAUAAAAAUACGUGUGGUAAUCUCAAGACCACCGAGGAUUCAGAUUGGGAUCACGCACGCAUUACGAAUGAUGAUGUUGAGUUGGGAAUACUUAACGAUGCCGAAUCCUACCCCACCCAGCCUCCCAAGUCACAUAGAGGCAGUCACGGCUUGGUAUCUUUAUAUAUGUACGAUAGUGAGUUAGAGGACGACAGUAUGAAUCAAGGAUUUCGACACUUGCGAAUCGAGGUAUAA